GUAUCAACGAAGGACACAUUUGACACCCUAUCUGCGUUGGACAUAGCAGAGCAGCUCACCUACCUCGACCAUAAGAUAUACAUAGGCAUUAGGAGCGAAGAACUGCUGGGUCAGGCGUGGAUGAAGCCAGACAAGUCCCAUAAAGCCCCACAUGUCCUACUAGUCAGCAAACGCUUCAACGAGGUGAGCCGUCUGGUUGUGUCGGAGAUCGUGGGCAGACAGAACCUACAAGAUCGUGUGUCUUGUAUAGAGAAAUGGGCAGCCAUCGCUGAUAUCUGUCGCUGUAUGCACAACUACAACGGUGUGCUCCAGAUCUGUGCUGCCUUCGUCAACAGCUCGGUCUACAGACUCAAAAAGACGUGGGAAAAACUCUCCAAACAGACAAAACAGAUGAUAGAACGCCUACAGGUGCUGGUGUCAUCCGAUGGGCGCUUUAAGAACAUGAGGGAUGCCCUCCACAGGUACACCUAUGGGGACUCCUUAGCCGAUAU